UCAGUUAUUCUUAUAAGGAUUUUUUUCAUUUAUAUCACAAAUUUUGAACAAAAAUAAUCUUACUCAUCUUCAUUUUAUAUUUUAAUAAUGCUUAUGGUUCACACAUAUCUUCCACUAACUUUAUUUUAACAUUUUUAUAUUCUUCUGAUCCCCACAUGUUUCCCACUAACUUUAUAUUCCUUAUCCUAUUAAUGCUUAUUAGGUGCAUUAAAAGUUUUACCCAAUUCUCAAAGUAAUUAAUUAAUUGAUAGUCUAAAAAACAUAAGAGAUUUUAUACAAAUUUGUUAAUCAUAAAAUGUCGGGAUCGGAGGGAAGGGCGUAUGCGGUGGUCGGAGUUCCGUCAACGGAGGCGUAUAAGAGGUUAAAUAAGGUGAUGAAAGCCCUACGAUCAAAUUUGGGAGGGCCCAAAUUUGAUCCUCACCUUACAAUAACAGGGCCUAUAAAUUUAACAAGAGAGGAUGCAAUUAAGAAAUUUAGAGAAGCAUGUAAAGGGUUGAAGGCUUAUCCUGCUCAUUCUCAGGCCAUCUCCGCCGGCGAUUCUUAUUGGCAAUCUAUUUUUGUUCUGCUUCAUUCUACCGCUCAGCUUGUCGAAGUUAGUGAUCAUUUUAAUGCACAUUUUGGGUACGACCCCCCCACACAGUACAAGCCACAUAUCAGCCUUUUAUAUGGUCACUUAACAGAUGAAGAGAAGCAUGAAGCAGUUGAGGAAGCCAAAAAAUUAGAUGAUACCAUUGACAAUAUGUGCUUCACAAUAGACUGCCUACAACUCUACUCAUUAACUAUUGGUGAUGAGACUCUCAAGUCCUGGGUAAAGGUGGCUGAAUAUCAUCUUACUACUUAAAUAAACUAAUUUGUUGCAUUUAUUCUUCUUGGGUUAUUUGUUGAUUAAUGUUAUUGCAAGGAGGAUUCCUUGUAAAAUAUGAUUGCUUUGUAAUGUUCAAUAAAUACAUUUUAAGUUACUCUAAAACAAGUUGUUGUUCCCUAAUGAAUCACUCUUUAGUACUGA